AUGUGGACUGUGAAAUGGAUCGUGUUCUUGCCUGUGUGCCUAUCGUGUGUGUAUGCCUUUUUGUUUUCUUCUCUGAGAGAAAACGUGAAAGAAUCCCCGAGAAAGGUGCCUUGCGGAGGGCACUUCCGGAUUAGGCAGAAUCUACCGGAGCACGCCCAAAGCUGGCUAGCCAGCAAAUGGCUCUGGUUCCUGUUUGGUGUUGUGGUGUAUGUGAUUCUGAAGUUUCGAAGAAAUCGUGAGAAGAGUAAGGAAAAGAAUCCUCCUGGCCUUCGAGGUUCUUCUGUUCCUGCUCCACUGAAGAAAAACCAGUGUGCUUCCCCCAGCAAAGACUAUGCUUUCAAUACCUUAAACCAACUUGAGAUGGACCUCGUGCAGUUUGUGUCCAAGGUGCGGAAUCUGAAAAUCGCCAUGGCAACUGGCAGUAACAACAAGGCGCAGGCCUUCGAGAUGCCUUCAGACCCACAGAACAAUGUUACAAUAUAUGAAAUAUGGGGCGACGAAGAAUACGAAUAA